AUGAAGAAAUAUGACCGAAACCCCAAGGUCUGCGAAGAACAGACUGAGACUGGAGAAGCCGAUGCCAUGUUUGUCUUGGAAGAUGGAGCAAGUCUUUCCAAUGUCAUUAUUGGACCCAAUCAGGCCGAGGGUGUACACUGCAAGGGAACAUGCACAUUGACCAACGUCUGGUGGGAGGAUGUCUGCGAAGAUGCUCUGACUCUCAAACAAUCCAGCGGUACCUCCAACAUCAACGGCGGAGGCGCUUUCCAUGCUGCCGACAAGAUCAUCCAGUUCAAUGGCUUUGGCACUGUCAAUGUGAAGAACUUCUACGCCAACGAUUAUGGCAAAGUGGUCCGUAGCUGCGGCAACUGCAGCAACAAUGGAGGUGCUCGCCAUAUCAUCAUGAACAAUGUUGUUGCUCAUGAUGGUGGAGUACUUUGUGGAAUUAACACCAACUAUGGUGAUACUUGCUCAAUCACCAACUGCUGCCAGGAUGAUGGAAAGAGCUGCGAUCGUUAUACCGGAAACAAUGAUGGCGAUGAGCCCACCAAGAUUGGGUCAGGCGCGGACGGCACAUACUGCACGGUCACCGGUCUUUCAACCAGCUGUUAA